AUAGUGAGACAUCUGUUGAGAAACCAUUCGUCGUUGCCAAAUGAUUAACACUGGAAUUUCUUUUAUCGCUUUCUUGGCGAUUUUUUUCACUUUUAAAUGUGAUGUCGGUGCCACCAACGUCAGAGCAAAUCUAACCAGUCAAAGUUACAAAGGCAAAGGAAUCGUCGUCGAAGGAAACAAUUGCAAAAAAAAGGUCUACUUGUGCCAUGACAAAGAAAUUAAAACUGCUCUAAGUCAGAUACAGAAGAGUUUAGCUUCUUUGGAAGAAAAGAUUUCCGCAAUGCAUCCGAAUCGACGUGGUAAGUAAUACUUACUGUACUGGCUAUAUUUUUCUGUGGGUAAGCUAUAAGGCGACAAAACAGUUAGGAGUCUAUAAACAUGAAUGCCGGAGAGGUGACCGUUUAGUGUAUUACUAAGUGAUUUGUUUUGGACCCGAGUAACUUCUUUACUUUUUGUUUAGAGUUUGAACUGAACGGCCUUAGGAUGAGUUCUUUUUUUUGCAGACUCUGUUUCAGACAUUUGUAUAAAAAAAUUUAUGAAAUGAAAGAGGCUCCUUAAAAACUUACAUUCUCCACAGAAACCAGGAGAUGGGCUCCUGACCCCUGUAAAUAAAGCCGAACUUUUAAACACUCUCUUCGGUAGACUAUAGAUGUCAGUCUGUAGGUUUUAACAAUUUGUAGUUGCAUAGUUUUAAAGCUCUUAUUCAUGUUUGUAAGUUAUAAAGUGAGACCGAAAUUAUUGAAGUAGUUUUACCAAUUUUUAAAGCUUAAUUUGUUCUGUAGUGAUGUAUUAUGGUGGUUGGCGUUCGUUUAAAGUUUAACUUAACAACAGACGAUGGGGGUCCGUUUAACAGAAGAGUCACGUUUAAAGUUCUAUAUUGAUACUACAUGCUUAGUUUUGUAGGAGUAUGGCUUGAAUUACAGUAGACAGUAUUGUUCACACUUUGAACGGUUUCAUUUUUGUUGAGCUUAGCUUAUAGCCUCAGUCAGCCGGUUAAGUAUUGUAGGGUUGAAGCAUGUUAUAAAUAUCACUCAAAUUUUUUUUUUCUGUCUUCUAAAGCAUGCAAGUUCGACUUCGAAACGGGCUUGAGUGGUUGGAAAAGGACUGGAACAGCAUUUAACAAUCAACCUACCUACGGUGAUAAUCCAACAGCUCGCAAAAGAGGACAACCUGCCAAGCAGCAGGGGGACUGGUGGAUCGGAGGGGCCGAAAACAGGCCAUCCAAGGCAGCAACCCCUGGGGCACUUCAGGGAGAUGGUCCCCAAGGAACUCUUGCUUCCCCGUUCUUUAAGAUCGUUGGCAAACGGAUCUCAUUCUUGAUUGGAGGAGGCUGUGACAUUAAGAAAGUUCGUGCUGAGUUGAUUGUUGAUCACCAAGUAAGACAGCCUGACAGAAUUGCGUUCAGCUUUUAGUUUGUUGUGGCAUAUUUUUUCACUACAGUUUCGAACUCGGCUUUAUAAUAGGUGCAACACCUAGCAAUUAAUAUGAUAUUUUCCUUUAUACUUUACGAAUGCCUAACUGAGUUUUGCUGACAUUUUUGUGAUAUAAAAGAAGUAUUUCCGAGGUUAAUGGAUAUUCCAGUCAAUCGACUACAGAAAUGUCAUGGCUUCUGUUUAAUCCUUCCCAUAUAUUAGCUAGGUUAUGUAGCCCAUUAUGUAGACACUGUCAUGUAUAUAUGAAUUCCUAACUUUUUAGACUGUUUGUAAUAGCUAUAUUAAAAUUAAGCAUUUUUUUCUUGAAAGUUCAGAGUGUCUUUCACAUUUUGCAAAAGACUCCCUUAGCUUGUCAUCAGUCAGUUUGAGGGGUCGCUUGCAAGAAGUUGAAUUGCAUCUGCCUCUCUUUUUCAGGUUGUCAAACGUUCUACUGGUUCAUGUAAUGAAACCAUGUCUCGCAAAUUCUGGGACGUUCAUGCCUUUGUUGGUCGAACAGCACAAGUCAAAUUGGUGGACCACAGCAGUGACGGAUUUUGUCACAUCAAUUUUGAUGACCUCGGAGGCGAUAUCAGUUGUGGGCAAAAAUAAUCUCGUCUCACUGCUUCGGUUUUACCGGAUCUCAGUAUCGCACUUAAGGGAGUAGACACAAAACAUUUAUAAGAUAAGAUAAGAGGGAAUAGUUAAUCAAAGUAAUCGAUUAGAUUUAAGUUGAUGAAUACGUAACUCACCAUCUAAGGAUACCGAAUUAUAUGUUUUUCUGUUACUAACAGUUUAACUGUAAACACGUAUCUGGAAAUAAAGAUUUUAAUUAUACUUCAAUUGUAUCUCGUCUUGAAGUU